AUGGAAGAGUUUGUAAAGUCAUGCAGUGACUGCAAUGUAUUUGUGGAUAAGAAGACGAAGGAGCCGAUCAAACCACACCGAGUACCAGAGAAGUGUUGGGAAACAGUUGCAGUGGAUUUAUUCGGACCAAUGCCAUUAUCUAAACAUGUGGUGGUAGUACAAGACCUAGCGUCAAGAUACCCUGCAGCAAAGUUAGUCACAUCAACAAAGGCAGACAAAGUCAUACCAGCCUUGACAGAAAUUUACGAAACAUACGGCAACCCAGAUGUACAGAUCUCAGACAAUGGUCCACCAUUCAACAGCAUUCAGAUGCAAAACUUCGCCAAGACCAAAGACAUCAAGUUACAGAAAUCACCACCACUACACCCCUCCUCGAACCCAGUCGAAACCUUUUUGCGGCCCUUGGGCAAGCCUACGAAAACUGGGCGUCACAGCGGUAUUCCUGAAAAAGAAAGCCUAAAAAAUGUCUUGAAAUACUACAGACAGACACCCCACCCGGCAACCAAUCUUCCACCGGCAGCUACGAUUUUCCGCUAUGGACAAUGCCUGGACUUUCCUAGAAGACACGCAACAGACGAAGAGAUGAGCAGGGUACGAGAAGCAGACCAGAAGAAGAAAAUGGAAAAUGAAAGUAAAGUAAAUGGUUCCAAGUACCGGAAGAAAUCUCAUUUCAUAAUCGGCGACAAUCUCCUGAUCAGAAACUACAAUAAAUCAAGAAAGUUUGACACUCUCUUCCUCCAGGAAGCGUUCGAGAUCAUUGAUAUGAACAGGGUGGGGAACAUAGUCACGGUACAACAAGAAGGAAGCGGUCUCACCCUGUGUCGCUACCCGGAUGAUCUCAAACCUUCGAAAAGUCGACCGGACAACCGCGAAGAGAAACAGGAGUGCAUGCAGUACGCCGACAUCCAAUGGCCAGAAGUAAUUGAGCACGAUGACGACGACGAGAGCUACUGCCUGGAAAAGAGAGAUACAGCACCACCGCCUAGACGAAGUCAACGGAAACGGACAACCAUUCCAGUUUACAAGUAA